CAAAUCGCGCGUGCGCCGUUGCGGCCCAUGCUGUGGCGGCGCGGCGAUGGAACCGACUGAGCUGCUGAACGAGCUAGUGUCAGCCGAGGGCCGGAACCGGAAGGCGGUGCUGUGCCAGCGUUGCGGCUCUAGGGUGCUGCAGCCAGGGACUGCUCUUUUCUCUCGCCGACAGCUUUUCCUCCCGUCCAUGAGAAAGAAGCCAGCCCUGGCUGAUGGCAGCAAUCCUGACGGUGAUCUCCUCCAGGAACACUGGCUGGUUAAUGACAUGUUCAUCUUUGAGAAUGUGGGCUUCACCAAGGACGUGGGCAACAUCAAGUUUCUGGUCUGUGCGGACUGUGAGAUUGGACCCAUUGGCUGGCAUUGCCUGGACGACAAGAACAGUUUCUAUGUGGCCUUGGAACGAGUUUCCCACGAGUAACUGAGGGGACUCGGCUCCACCCUAUAAAGCUGUGCUGGCCGGCUUCUCGGUCUCAGAGGACGUCCUGCCUCCUCCCACUUAGUCCUCCGUGCCUCACAGCUGUCCUCACCCCCACCUUCCCGAUUCGGAACAUGGGAAAACAUGGACGUCCUCUACAAGUGUAGUCUGGCCCGUGGCACCCUGCCUGGCCGCCUUCCUGCUCAGCAAGAGCAGCAGUCAACUUUCCAGCCACGAUGACAGGGAAAGAUGCUCACUUGCUAAUAGUUGAAACUCCACCUUUUUCUCCUUCAAGGAGCCAGGUGUACUAGGCGCACACCUGCGGUCCUUCCUCUUGGAAGGUGGAAGCAGGAAGGUCAGGAGUUCAAGGCCAGCCUCAACCCACGUGGCAAAUUCUAAGCCAGCCUGGGCGCUGUGAGAUGUCUCAAAAAACAUAAAGCAAACAAGUAUUUGCAAGUGA